AUGAGAUGGCCUGAAGAAUACUCAUCGGACUCAAGUAGCUCAAGUGAAGAUGAUUUUGUGAUGCAUGAUUGGUUUCCCCUCGGGGCAUCAGGGCGGUCAGCCCCUAUCUCAAUUCCACGCAAGGCCUCAUGGAGCUCAACUAGCUCGAGCGAAGCAGCCAGUCCAAGGGAAGCAGGUCACUCGAUGUCACGAUCGUCUUCCCCCAUCAUAAUCCCCAAAUUUACCGAUCGGUACCCAUAUCAUCCAAACUAUGAUCUAUCUGUCGGAGGCCGUAGUCAAGUCUCAUAUGAUCGGGACACUCCAAGUCCCAGUGGCGCAUCUCAAGCUGAACAUACAUGGGAUGACGACAUGCAAUGGACACCAACAAGCAAGCAUCGAUUUGCCAAUGGGCAUUUCUCUGACGCCGAACUUUCUACCGUUAGUUCUCCUGCAUCGCCGUCUCGGGAUUCCAUGAGCUCGAGCUCAACCAACAGUGGACAUGAGCAAGACGAUGUGGGAAGCUCGAGAAUGAAGGCAAUAGAUUACUUUGAAUAUUUUUCCAAGGAAAAACCACAGCUUGACAUUGAUUUGCAUUACAGAAUCGAUCGGAGUAUUAUCGAACAAUAUUCGAAAAAUGCAGGUGAAUAUUACGAAUUGAAACAACAGGGUUUCUCUCGGGUCAGCAUUAAACACAAAGACUUGCCAUUCGGACUAGCCACUAUAAGUGAUGCCCAACCGGGUAGAGCCUCACUGGUGCUAUACCACAAAAACCACGACAUACUACUCAAAGAUGAAUUCCAAUCUAUGUACAAAAAAUUGAUAAUUGCAUUGUCCGAGAAACAUGCCGAAGACUUCAACAUAGAAGUAUUCAAUGAUUAUGAGUACCAAACGGAGCAAAGAAGAUUAUUGAGUUGGCUCGACAAAGAGAUCUAUGCGCCUUACGACAGUUUACCCGUUAUAGGACUGUCUCGAUACUCAUUUGAAUCGGGCCCAACAGAUCAAUUUCUACUCAAGCCUAAUCAACUACACCUGAUACGCUAUUUUUCGGAGGCACUCUGGCAUCCAACGGACGAGGAAUUUAUUGAACAGACAGCAAAUCCACUCAUAGAAUCAUACAAAAGUCGUCCAAAAAUUCCCCAAGUGGAAACUAUGCACCCACCCAAAUACCUCGAGGAGCAAAAAUCCAGCCAUUCAAAAGACGAACUCAAAGAGUCUUGGAAUUUCAUAUAUGGCUUGUGGUAUGCCUGA